AUGGAACAAUCCUCUGAUACUUCUCCGAUCGACCCAUGUCCAUCUUUCCUUACUAUUCCUUCAAAGCCACGAGCUCCGAUAUCUUACACCUUCUUUCCACGCGCAUCUUAUUCGACCCUCUCAGAAUCGAAUGUCACGCUACACCACACCCUGGUUGUCUUUGUAAAUGGACUUGGUCUUCCCGCUUCCUCAUGGGAGUCAUGUAUAUCAGUUCUUCGAUCUCGUGUCAAGGAAGCCCCAUCACUCUUGACAUUUGAUCGUUAUGGACAGGGGUUGACUACUGCAAGAGAUCCUCUAGAUGAUGGAAAUGGUUAUGGACAUGAUUUCAUGGACGCUGCAAAUGAUCUUCACGAAAUUAUUCUAGUUAUCGCUAGUAAAGAACUUGGCCUUGAGAAAACCGAUGCCGAAAAUGGGAGACUGAGUGUGAUAUUCGUGGCUGCCUCAGUUGGAGUCCCCAUAGCCCGUCUCUAUGUACAAUCCCAUCCAUUCAUUUGCGCCGCGCUCAUCGCACUUGACUCCAACAUCGCCAAUGUAGAUUAUAGCGAUUUCCUCCCGGAUCCUUUAUCCCCCACCUUCGACCCCUCUACCGUACUCGCACCAGACUGCUCACUUCCCCAAUAUAUUGAAGCACGCACGCGGUUGACAAAUGUAUUUGAUUUAUCAGUCCCAAACUCUGAAUCCAUGGAUCGACGACCUGGUCCAAGAUUACUCCCCUGUGCCGAUAAACCUAAACUUAUUGGUACGAAUGGAAAAGGUCCGUGGCUUACGGUUGUAGGGCACGAUCCGGUUACGUUUGCGGAUGCGAGUUUAGAAAGAAUGGGGACACCCAAGAGCAUGAGUAUGAGGUUUACAAAUCCAUAUUGGGCCAAAUAUAAUGCCGGUCUAGUGAGUAUCACAGAUAAAGAUCGAUGUGAGGGUGUGAAGAUUGCCAGUGGCUGUGGUCACUUUAUACAAACUGGUGAUCCAGAUCUCGUCGCUGAAGAAAUUAAGGUUAUUCUCAAAAAACUGGGCUUGGCAUGA